UAUAUAUAUUGGGUGGGUAAAGAGCAUUGCAAUAUUCACAGAAGAUCACUGUAAGGGAAAUCUGUUUGCCAUGGCAUCAUUGUGGAACAGUGCAGUACAAGAGAAAUCUAGUGAGCUUCACGAGGACACAUGGCAGGUUAUUUUUGAUGAAACGAUAACUCCAAAUAAUACAGCACAUGGGUGGUACCACUACAUAUCUGGAUCUUUUGCAAGCUUCAAAUGUUCACUUUGUAAAAGAUCCUGGGUGUCUAAAAGAGUGCAGGUGGUCUUCCAUUUCUACUUGAACGCAGGAAGUAAUGAGGGAACCAUUAAGGUGCGACGCUUCAAACAGAAAUGCAGAAGGUGUACCGGAGCUCGGAUGGAGGAUCCAAACUUUGCAGUGGAAAACAUCGAUGUGCUGGUUGAGAGACUCGUUGGAAAGAUUCGUAUGAGAUGCUACAGAGAAAACCUUGGUGAAACGAACAGAUCCUCGAAAUUCGAGGGCAAAGUUAAUGGGCCUCAUGAAAAGUCGCACUGUGAAGCUUGUCAGGGUGGUUUUUGUAGUCUGGCAAAUUGAUUUUGAUUUAUUUUGCUAUUUCUGUAAUGGUGUUCCUGUAGAUCGGUUGAGCAUUUUGUUAGCGCACAGAUUUUUACACAUGCUGAUAAAAUAUAGCUUGAAUGCAGUGCCAGGUGCUUCGGAUAAAAUUGUCUGCCAGAUGCAUAAACUAAACUUAUUUAAAUGACAUUUCUUGUUUACCAAAUGAUAAUGUAUGGACUGUAUGGACAUGUCAGAUAGGAAUGAAUAUAAUAAUUUAUUUUAUACUAUUAAACCAUUUGUAAUAAUGAAAUAAACUGAAAUGCACAAUGUGAA